CCGGAGCGGGAAGAUGGCGGCGGCGCAGGAGGCGGACGGGGCUGGUAGCGCCGUGGUGGCGGCCGGGGGAGGCGGCUCCGGUCAGGUGACCAGCAAUGGCAGCAUUAAUGGGAGGGACCCACCAGCAGAGACCCAGCCCCAGAACCCACCACCCCAGCCAGCACCCAAUGCCUGGCAGGUCAUCAAAGGUGUGCUUUUCAGAAUCUUCAUCAUCUGGGCCAUCAGCAGCUGGUUCCGCCGAGGGCCGGCCCCUCAGGACCAGACAGGCCCUGGAGGAGCCCCACGCGUCGCCAGCCGCAACCUGUUCCCCAAAGACACUUUAAUGAACCUGCACGUGUAUAUCUCAGAGCAUGAGCACUUUACAGAUUUCAAUGCUACGUCAGCACUCUUCUGGGAGCAGCAUGACCUUGUGUAUGGCGACUGGACUAGCGGCGAGAACUCAGACGGCUGCUACGAGCACUUUGCUGAGCUCGACAUCCCACAGAGCGUCCAGCAGAACGGCUCCAUCUACAUCCACGUCUAUUUCACCAAGAGUGGCUUCCAUCCAGAUCCCCGGCAGAAGGCCCUGUACCGCCGGCUUGCAACAGUCCACAUGUCCCGGAUGAUCAACAAGUACAAGCGCAGGCGAUUUCAGAAAACUAAGAACCUGCUGACUGGAGAGACAGAAGCUGACCCGGAAAUGAUCAAGAGGGCCGAGGACUACGGGCCUGUGGAGGUGAUCUCCCACUGGCACCCCAACAUCACCAUCAAUAUUGUGGACGACCACACACCAUGGGUGAAGGGCAGCGUGCCCCCUCCCCUGGACCAGUACGUGAAGUUUGAUGCCGUGAGUGGUGAUUACUACCCCAUCAUCUACUUCAAUGACUACUGGAACCUGCAGAAGGACUACUACCCCAUCAACGAGAGCCUGGCCAGCCUGCCGCUCCGUGUCUCCUUCUGCCCACUCUCGCUCUGGCGCUGGCAGCUCUAUGCUGCCCAGAGCACCAAGUCACCCUGGAACUUCCUGGGCAAUGAGCUGUAUGAGCAGUCAGAUGAGGAGCAGGAUUCGGUGAAGGUUGCCCUCCUGGAAACCAACCCCUACCUGCUGGCGCUCACCAUCAUCGUGUCCAUCGUCCACAGUGUCUUUGAGUUCCUGGCUUUCAAGAACGAUAUCCAGUUCUGGAACAGCCGACAAUCCCUGGAGGGACUGUCUGUGCGCUCCGUCUUCUUCGGCGUUUUCCAGUCUUUUGUGGUCCUCCUCUACAUCCUGGACAAUGAGACCAACUUUGUGGUCCAGGUCAGCAUCUUCAUUGGGGUCCUCAUCGACCUCUGGAAAAUCACCAAGGUCAUGGACGUCCGGCUGGACCGGGAACACAAGGUGGCAGGAAUCUUCCCCCGCCCAACUUUCAAAGACAAGUCCACAUACAUUGAGUCCUCGACCAAAGUGUAUGAUGACAUGGCGUUUCGGUACCUGUCUUGGAUCCUCUUCCCACUCCUGGGCUGCUACGCUGUCUACAGCCUUCUGUAUCUGGAGCACAAGGGCUGGUACUCUUGGGUGCUCAGCAUGCUCUAUGGCUUCCUACUGACCUUCGGCUUCAUCACCAUGACGCCCCAGCUUUUCAUCAACUAUAAGCUCAAGUCCGUGGCCCACCUGCCCUGGCGCAUGCUCACCUACAAGGCCCUCAACACCUUCAUUGAUGACCUGUUCGCCUUUGUCAUCAAGAUGCCUGUUAUGUACCGGAUUGGCUGCCUGCGGGAUGAUGUGGUUUUCUUUAUCUACCUCUACCAACGGUGGAUCUACCGCGUCGACCCCACCCGGGUGAAUGAGUUUGGCAUGAGUGGCGAGGACCCGACAGCACCCAUUCCAGUGGUUGAGGCCCCCGGAGCAGCAGGGGCGCUCACACCUGCGCCUACUACCACUGUAACCACCGCCACCACCGCCAGGGAGGAGGCCUCCACAUCCCUGCCCACCAAGGCUACCCAGGGGGCCAGCUCCACCAACGAGCCCCAGGAAGCCCCUCCAAAGCCAGCAGAGGACAAGAAAAAAGAUUAGCCACUACUGAUCCUCCUCAUCUGUUCUGGCUCCUGGCGACCACCACCCCUGCCUCCUGGCCCCCUUCGCCUCCCCUCCCUGUCGCCCUUUCCCUGG